UUGACAACAAAAUGGCUAUCUGCUGGAGGCAAAAAGUGAAACAUUAAAGGCAAAUGGCCAAAUUUCUUAAUUACAAAUGUAGUAUAUACUGAUAGUGAUGGAAUACAUGGUGGUAGUACAAUCAUUGAUGGUAAUUCAUACUGAGGAAUCCAUCCUGCAGAAUUAGUAGGAAAGGAAUGCCCUGUAAACAUGAUAAAUCAUCUUUACAUAUUUUUUGUAGAUAAUCAGAAGAAAUUAUUUUUUAUAAAUAGAUUUCACCUAUUACUCGUAUGCAUGUAAAGGAAGGAAUUACAAAAAUUUUGUUUUCUUCUUUUCCUUCAUCCCUUGGAUCUUUAUCAAAAAAAUAUCCAAUGAAUUGCUUUGUAUAUAAAUUGUUUUCUUCAUUAGGUUGAAAAAUGAUUUCAAACAGAGCAGAAUGGUUUGGACAUAUUUUUGCAAUGCGUGGCUCUAUUUUAAAGACUCCAGUAACAUCUAAAAUAUUUUCAUUUUAUAUUACUAUUAAAAUUAUUUAUUAUUAUUAAAUAGAAUUACCUUGAUCCCACUUGAGUAAUAAAUUCGUUUUAUUAUGAUUUGUAAAACAAACAGUUUGGUGAGUUCUAUUUAUUUUAUUUUUUGUAUCGACCUGACUACAGUCAAAAUAAUUUUUUGAUAAAGAUAUUAGUUCUAAAUUUCCUUUCUUUAUAUUAAUACUAUCACUCAUAUAUUCUUCAAAACCAUUUUGUUCUUGCGAACUAAAUUUGUCUGAAUCUAAGUUAAUCUCAGAUUGCUGAUGAAUCGAUGUACAAAAUCCAAAUAAUUUUAUAAUAAUAGGACUCUAUAUGUAUAUACAUAUACAUAUAUAUGUAUAAAUAUUUGUAUUAUUGUUAGUAUUAAAAUAAAAUUAGAUAACAUUAUGAUCAAUUAAUUUACCUGAUACAAUAUUAAACAUGGUAAAUGAUAUACAUAAAUUCCUUCUUCAGUUGGUAUAAAAGUUAUUGUUAUAUAUUUAUAAUCAUCAGGAUUAAGUAUACCUUGUCUGAUAUCUAAUUUAAAGUGUCUUUGUUCUAUAUCGAUAUCAAAUGCAAAUGUCGCUUUUACUUUUGAAUGAUUUGAAAGUUUUAUUUGUUUUUUCACUUGCGUAUAUUUUUUUGAACAUUUUAAUAUAAUUUUAUUUGCUGAUGAUGAAAUUUUAGGACCUAAAAUAAAUAAAUAUAAAUGUUGAAUUAAAACUAGUACUAUACAUAACAUACAAAAAAGAAAAAAAAUAAUCAUAACUAGUUAUUUAACAUUUACCAAUACAAGUUCCACAAGCAAUAAUUUUUAUAUAUGUAGAAACGGUACCAGUAAUAAUAAAAUAAUCCACAUUUUUAGAACAUGGUACAACUGGUCGAUAUUGUACUUCACAGGAGAAAGAUUGUUCAGGUAGUAAAGUCCAGGUAUACGACUUCAAAUUAAAAACAUGAUCUAUAGGAUUUGUUACAGGAUCCCUUUGUGCUUCAUAAAAUUGUUCUUUCUGAAGUAAAUAUAAAUUUUGACUGUUACUUCAAUUAUGAAAGCCAUGAAUACAAUGAAUUGAAUAGAAAUGUGAUUAGAAAUUAAAAAUAAUAAAUUCUACUAACGCAACUUUCAUUCAUUAUCUUAAUUGAUUUAAUAAUCGUUCUACCCAUUUCAACUUCACCGAAAUCAAUUAUUUUGAUAUCUUUUGUAUCACAAUAGUACUGUGACAUUGUCUUUUUUUUUUUUAAUUUAUUUAUUUAAAUUAAUAAAUUAUUCUUCUUUAUUAAACUUGUACGAAAAUAAUUGUUUGACUUAUUUGAAAUCCAUGAAAAUUCGCUCCAUUUAUUUUUACAUACAACGCCAUCUACAUUUGUAGAUAACUAAAGUUCUAGUAUUAUAGUCACGUGCCAUAAUUAGCGACUUUUGUAGCGCGAAAAAAUGUCAAAAAAUUGAUUAGUAAUUCCUAACAAGAAAUUUGUGUGUGUGUAUUUAAUUUAAAAAAUUUUUCAAUUAUUAUAUAUAUAUAUAUAUAUACAUACAUAUACAUAUACGUGAUAAAUUUUAGAAUUAGUUAUCGAUAACAAUGAAAUUUUUAGCAUAUAUAUUUUUAUUAAUUAUUUUUGAAAAAAUGGAUUAUACCGUAUUAUCAUCAAAAAUUAAAAUAAAUCCUACGAAAACAAUAAUUUGGGGUCCCGGCUUGAAGCCUGAUAAAAUUACGAUGCGAGCAAGAUAUUUUUUUUUACAGCUUGUAGAUACACAAGGACAAAACUUAACUGUUUCACCUGGUGCAGGAAUUGUUACUGCUGUAAUAAAAGGCCAAACCUGGAGCAAACAAUCGUGUCAUAUAUGGACACAAGUACUUGAUUGUAAAGAUGGUAGUUUUAUUAUACGUUAUAAACUUCAUAACACUUGUUUGAAUGUGAUUUUGUAUAUAAAAGUAAACGGACAAGAUUUACAAAUUCUUCCAUUAAAGAUUAUAGGUCCUGUAUACGAGGAAGAAUGCUAUUGUCCAAAUACUAACUUCAACGAUUGGUUAAAUAAUUAUGAAUGCCCUAAUAAUUAUGCACAAAUUACUUCUGAUCUUACUCCUUUCGCAAGUGUUGAUUUCAAUAAAAUACGUAAUACUUUGAUUAAAAAGUAUGACAAACCUAACAGUGUUAGUCUUUGUCAUUAUAUUAUAAAAAAUAAUAGAAUUUAUAGAAAAUGCUAUGGACAACAUGUAGGAUUUAAAAUAUUUAUGGAUGCAAUAUUGCUUUCUCUUGCACGCAAAGUAAUCCUUCCAGAUGUAGAAUUUUUUGUUAAUUUGGGAGAUUGGCCGCUUGUACCAAAAGAAGAAGUGAAUUAUCCUAUUUUUUCAUGGUGUGGAUCUAUCGAUACAAAAGAUAUUGUUAUGCCAACAUAUGAUAUUACAGAAUCAUCUUUAGAAGCUAUGGGAAGAGUAAUGCUAGAUAUGUUAUCUGUACAAGGUAAUACAGAUACCCCAUGGGAAAAAAAAAUAGAAAAAUUAUUCUGGCGUGGUCGUGAUGCCUGUAGAGAACGUCUUGAUCUCAUAGACAUUUCCAGGAAACAUCCAGACUUAUUCAAUGCAUCGCUUACCAAUUUCUUUUUUUUUAAGAAUGAGAUAGAGAAAUAUGGUCCUGCACAAAGUCAUAUUUCAUUUUUUCAAUUUUUUAAGCACAAGUAUCAGUUGAACAUCGAUGGUACAGUGGCAGCAUACAGAUUUCCAUAUUUAUUAGCAGGAGAUUCUUUAGUACUGAAACAAAAAUCUAAGUAUUAUGAAUUUUUUUAUAAUGAUUUAAUACCUGAAACACAUUAUGUACUAGUAAAAAGGGAUUUAUCAGAUUUAGUUGAGAAAAUUAAAUGGGCCAAAGAAAAUGAUAAGAUUGCUUUAAACAUUUCAAAAACUUCUAGACAAUUCAUAAGAGAUAAUCUGUUACCGCAGCAUAUUUUUUGUUACUACAGCGUGCUUCUCCAAGAAUGGAGUAAACGUCUUACUAAUAAGAUCAAGAUAUUAGAUAAUAUGGAGGAAGUUUUACAACCACAGCAUUCCUGUAAAUGUAAUUUUGAUGAUGUAAAUUUAAAGGAUGAACUUUAAUUGUUAAUCAAUGGAUUAAAUCUUUAACUAUUAACUUCACAUUUUUUGAUUAUUAAGUUUAAGACACUAAAUAUAUUUCUUUUAUUUUGUUAUUUUUAUAAACACUAUUUUUACUAUAUUACAUUAUUCCAUGAUAAACUAUGUGCUCUUAUAAAUUACAUUAUCAUCUCCUUUGUAAUUUAGAAGUAGAAAGAGGAAUAUAUGUUUCUAUAUCCAGAUCCCUUCAAAAAGUAUUCUUUUUAUAAUAGAAUAACAAAAGCUUUAGUCAAGUUUACAUACAUCCUUGAAAGAAACAUUAUCAUUUUCAUUCUAAUAACAAAAUAAUAUCAUUAUUAACUCAUAAAUUGAAAUGUUUAAUGAAAUGGUGACAAGUACAAAAGCUAAAAUACAUCUUAAUAGAACUUAUUCUUACAUAACAUAAUGUAGAGAAAUAAGACAAUAACAUAAAACAUAUCUCGCGAUAUUAACGAAAAAUUCUAUAUUCUAUCGAUUUCCUUAAUGUCAUUAUCAUUUAAUCUAUGAAACAUAUUAAAAAAAAAAAAAAAAAAAAAAAAAAAAAACAAAAAAAAAACCCCAAAAAAGAAACAAAAGAAAUUCUUAAUAUUAUAUCGAAUAAUUAGAUUAAUAUUUCCAUUCAACAAUAGUUACUAUAGUAGAAUUGUUCCAGUAAAAAUAAAAUUUUACAAGAAAUAUUUCUCAGAGAGUAAAACACUUAUAUUUUUUUAAACUAUAGAUUAAUUUGCAAUAGUUUAUUCUAUUGAGGAGGGGGUUGAUAACCAUAUCCUCCAUACUGAUUAGGUGGUGGUGGUCCUUGUGGUCCGGGUGGAGGAGGCAUGUGUCCACCUGGAGGUCGUGGUGGGUAUUGUGGAUAGCCUUGUCCUGUUGGUGGAGGUGGGUAGCUUUGUGGAGGAUAUUGGGGAUGUCCAUAAUGUUGACCUCCCUGUGGUGGAUGUGGAGUAUAAACCUAUAAUAUGUUAUUUAAUAUAUUAUUUAUUUUUAUAUAAUAAAACGAACAAGAAAAUGUAUGAUAGAACACUUAUAUUAUAAAUUAUUUAUUAAAUUAUAAUUACUUGUGGUUGCCCGCCAGGAGUUGGUGGAACAUACGUUUGCGUUGUCGCAGGUCCGUAACCUGGUUGUGGCUGCGGUCCCGGUGGUGGUGCUGGACCCUGGGGCGGACCUGAUGAUGGUUGAAAUCCGCUUGAAGCAGGACUUGGGGACUGUUGCUGUUGGGAUUGAGGAGGAUUUUGAGAUUGUUGUUGAGAUUGCGGAGGAGGUUGAUGAGAAGGUUGAUGGGAAGGUGGUUGAUGAGAUGGUUGAUGAGAUGGUUGAUGAGGAGGUUGAUGCGGAGUAUGAGGAGGUUGAUGAGGUGAUUGAUGCGAGGGUGGAUGAUUUGGAUGAGAGCUUGGAUGAGGUGUUUGAUGAACUGGAUAAACGGAAGAUGUAGGAACAACAGGAGCAUAGUUCCCACCUUGAGAUGUUGGUGGUGGACCGCUACUUGGUGAAUAGGUUUGUGUGGAAGCAGAUGGUGUACUAGUUGGUUGACUACUUUGAACAUACGUAUUGGCGAUUGGUGAUUGAUGCGAAGACGGAUGUGUUGGAUGAGAGCUUGGAUGAGGCGUUUGAUGAACCGGAUAAACAGAAGGCGUGGGAAUAGGAGCAUAAUUUCCACCUUGAGAUGUAGGUGGUGGUCCACUGCUUGGCGAAUAAGUUUGCGUGGAAGCAGAUGGUGUACUAGUUGGUUGACUACUUUGAGCGUAUGUAUUGGCUGCACUUGCUGCUGCAGUACUAAAUGGAGGAGAUGUAGAAGCUGGACCAUAUUGUGUUGGACCAGGACCAGGACUCGAUUGAUUACCAUAACUGGACUGAGGACCAGAAGUUUGCUGUGAACCUGGUUGUGGGGGUUGAGCUGUGCUAGAUGUAGGAGGAGGUGGAUAAUUUUGCGGAGGUACAUUAUUGGCAUAAGCUUGAGAGGAGGGUGGAGGAUAAGUUCCUGGUUGACCAGUUCCAUAUGCAUUUUGUGGUGGUGGUUGUGAUGGAGCCUGUUGAUAGCUUGGUUGUGGGCUAGGACUGCCAUAUUGUCCAGUUUGUUGUUGUUGACCACUAGAUUGAAAGUUUUGUUGAGAUGUAUUAGAAGGAGGAUAGCCUUGUUGAUUUGGUGGAGGAGGUCCAUAUCCGGCAGGUGGCUGAGUUGAUCCUGGAGGAGGAUAACCUGGUUGUGGACCAUAGCUAUUUACUGUUGUCGGAGGGCCAUAAUUUGGUUGUGAAGAUGUAUUAUAUCCUUGUGGCUGAGAAGCAUUUGGUGGUCCAUAUUGAUUUGGUUGACCUGGUGUAUAUGCAGCUCCUUGAGGUCCUUGAUAAUUAGAUCCUGGAUUUUGAUUUGCAUAUUGAGCUGGAUAUGCUUGCUGUGUUGGUUGUUGAGAGUAUUGAGGGCCACCUCUAUAUUGUUGAGGUCCAGGCGCAGCAGUAGGUCCUUGAUAAACAAAAAUAUAAUUAAUACUUUCUACUUAUUUAACAAUUUUAUACGGAUAUAAAUAUAAUGAUAAAAAUUUAAUAUUUAAAAACAUACUGUUAAUGGCAGGACCUUGACCAGGCAUUACAGGUCCACGAUAACCACCCUGCGUCAUAGGCUGUCCUUGAUUAAAAUUAGACAUUGGUAAUGUUGGUUGUGUGUUAGGAGGCAUGUCUGCUCCUGGACCAGCUGAAUUUCCAGGACCACUUGGGAGCCCUUGUGGACUGAUUAUCGGAUGUUGUGGUCCAUUUGGAAUUCCUUGUGGUGGCUUAUUAAAAAAAAAAAAAAAAAAAAAAAAAAGAAAAGGAAGAAAGAAAAGAAAAAAUUUCUUUUUAAUGUUACAAGUCUUUUGAAAUAAUGUAAAUAUAAUCCAAAUAUAAUUGCAUCAUAUCUUACCGGAAGUAAUGCUUGUAUAUUUUGAUUUGCAUCUGCAAUUGAUGCCAAAUAUACAAGAUUACGGUGCAACAGUUGUUGAUAUCUAAAAAGAAAACAUUUUAAAUUCUAAUUCAUGUCUUUUGUACAUUUAAAUACAAAUAUUAAUUUAAGAUGUACACACUGUAUGCAUUCUUGUGGUUUGCCUUUGCUUUGAUAUUCUUGAAUAGUCUGUAUAAGUUGACUGUUUUCAUCGAGCAUCUAAAAAAUAUUGAAAUAUUAACAUUUUAUUAGAAUCCUUUUUUUUUUUGAACAACACAUAAACUUCUACAUAGGAUAAAUAUAAUAUUUAAUAAAUUAAAAUAUUAUGCAUUACUUUUUGUAUUUGCGCUGGCGUUAGAGAUGGUCUGCCGCGUUGAGCAAAGGUCACAGACAUUUUAAAAAUUUCGCGUUAGCCUUGAAUCGUCGAGAAAAUAAAAAUAUUCGCACUUC